AUGCCAGUCAAAAAACAUCAAUAUAUUCUGACAAUGAUUUUUGUCACUGAGAAGAUCAACAGAAAUCCCAAACUUAUACCAAACAUGUCUAUUACAUUUUCCUUCAGUCCUUCCAACUGUAUUCACUAUGGCCCAUUUCAUCCUGUUUUGAGUGACCAUUAUCAGUAUCCUUAUCUGUAUCAGAUUGCCCCCAAGGAAACAAGGCUGCCUUUUGCCAUAGUCUCCUUAAUGCUUCAUUUCAACUGGACCUGGGUGGGGCUGGUCAUCUCUGAUGAUGACCAAGGUAUUCAAUUUCUCUCAGACUUCAGAGAAAAGAUUCAAGGAAAUGAACUCUGUUUAGCCUUUGUGAAUGUGAUCCCAUUAAACAUGGACUUAUACAAUACAAGGGCUGAGAAAUGUUAUAAACAAAUUGUGACAUCAUUGGAAAAUGUUGUGGUCAUUUAUGGUGAAAUAAAUUCUACACUGGAAGUGAGCUUUAGAAGAUGGGCAUAUUUAGGUAUCCAUAGGAUCUGGGUCACCACCUCACAGUGGGAUGUCAUCACAAAUACAGGAAGACCCUUCAUUUUUUACUCAUUCCAUGGUGCUUUCACAUUUUCUAAUCAUCAUCAUGAGAUUCCCAAUUUUAAAAGAAUUAUUCAGACAAUGAACAUUUCUCAAUAUCCAAUAGUCAUUUCUGUUAUGAGAUUAGAAUGGAUGUACUUUAAUUGUUUGCACAUUGAAUCUAAAUGUAGAACACAGAGUAAUUGUUCAACCAACAUUUCAUUAGAAUGGUAUGCAACACAACAAUUUAACAUAGCCAUGAAUGACGAGAAUUAUAAUCUAUACAAUGCUGUGUAUGCUUGGGCAUAUGCCCACCGUGAACUGUAUUAUGACCAGGUAGAUGGUCAGCCAUUGAGGCAACAACCCCAAGAAAACUGUCCAAAGUUUUACCACACUCUGAAGAACAUGCAAUUUAUUAACCCCAUUGGAGACCUAGUGACUAUUAAUGAGAAAACAAAAUGUGAUGCAGACUAUGAUAUUUCCCACAUUUCAAAAUUUCCACAAGGUCUUGGAAUAAAGGUGAAAAUAGGACAGUUUUCUUCAUAUGGUUCCCUUGGUCAACAGUUGUAUAUUUCUGAGGAAGCCAUUGAGUGGGCCACAGGGAGUAGGAAGAUUCCCUCCUCUGUGUGCAGUGAGACUUGCAGGCUUGGUUUCAGGAAGUUCCAACAGGAGGGAAAGGCAGCCUGCUGUUUUGAAUGCUCCCCCUGCCCAGAAAAUGAGAUUUCUAAUGAAACAGACAUGGAUCAAUGUGUGAAGUGCCCAAUGAAUCAGUAUGCCAACAUAGAGAAAAAUCACUGUCUCCAAAAAACUGUGAUGGUUUUGGAUUUUGAAGACAUAUUAGGGAUGGUUCUGGCUUGCUUGGCCUUGUGCUUCUUUGCUCUAACUGCUCUUGUUCUUGGGGUUUUUGUGAAGCACCAAGACACACCAAUUGUGAAGGCCAAUAAUCGAACAAACAGCUACAUCCUGCUCAUCUCCCUCAAGUUCUGUUUUCUUUGUCCACUGCUCUUCAUUGGACAUCCCAACACAGCCAAGUGUAUCCUACAGCAGAUCACAUUUGCAGUUCUGUUCACAGUGGCUGUGUCCACUGUUUUGGCCAAAACAAUUAUUGUGGUUCUGGCCUUCAGGGCCACUGCGCUAGGAAAAAUGAUGAGGGGGCUGCUGGUAUCAGGAGCCUCUAACUUCAUCAUUCCCCUCUGUACCUUGAUCCAACUUGUUCUUUGUGGCAUCUGGAUGGGAACAUCCCCUCCCUUUGUUGACACUGAUGAACACUCAGAACAUGGGCACAUCAUCAUUUUGUGCAACAAAGGCUCAGAAACUGCCUUCUACUGUGUUCUGGGGUACCUGGGAUCUCUGGUGGUAGGGAGCUUCACUGUGGCUUUCCUGGCUAGAAACCUGCCUGAUGAAUUCAAUGAAGCCAAAUUCCUAACCUUCAGCAUGCUGGUGUUCUGCAGUGUGUGGGUCACCUUCCUCCCUGUCUACCAUAGCACCAAGGGCAAGGCCAUGAUGAUAGUGGAGGUCUUCUCUAUCUUGGCCUCCAGUGCAGGGUUGUUAGGUUGCAUCUUUUUCCCCAAGUGCUAUAUCAUUUUAUUAAGACCCAAUAAAAAUAUUCUAAAGAGGAUAAAGAAAAAAACAUUUCGUCCAACCAACUGA